ACUCAAAAAGAAAUAGAAAAUAUAAAUAACCCUAUAAUCUUUAAAUAAAUUGAAUUAAUAGUUUAAAGUUUUCCCACAAAGAUAACAUCAGAAUAAGGUGACUUUUACCAAUACAGUUAUUCAGUGGGGGCAAGUAAUUUAAAUCCUAUGCAGAUUCUAUCAAUGAUUAGAAAAAGAGAAUAUUCCCCAAGUGUUUUUAAGAAGCUAGCAUAACUUUGACACUAAAAUAAGGUAAGGACAUUAUAAAUUGGAAAAAGGGAAUUUCACUUGUGAUCAUUGAAGAAGAAAAAAAGCUAAAUAAAAUAUUAACAAACAAAAUUCAGCACUGUCCUGCACUAUACUAAAAACAAAAUACAUUAUGACCAAGUUGCUUUUUAGUCUCAUAAAUGCCUGGUUCAUUUAAUAUUGGAAAUUUGAUUAAUGUAGUAUCACUUCAGCAUCAUUGAAAGGAAAUAUACAAUCUUCUUAAUAGCUGCAGAGGAGAUAAUUAAUAGAAUUUACUAUCUGUCUCUAAUUUAAACCCAAAAACUUUUACAAACUAGGAAUAGAAGAAAAAUUGUUUGACUUGAUAAAUGUAUCUGCAAAAAUACUAAAAUAUGGCAAAUAUCAUACUUGAUGGGGAAAUGUAUGAAUUUCUGUUACCAUCAGGAACAACCAAGCAUAUCCAGCUUCUGUGAAGACUGAAGCUUACACUAUUUUGGGGGCUCUGAUUCAUGGGUAUUAGCAUCUACUGACCUGUUGAUAUCACCUCCUCUUAUGUUUGCAACUCCACACCUAUUUUUUUUUCUUUUUCAACCCUUUUACACCUCUGUAACCAAUAUUCCUCGCCUUAACUUCCCUUUGGUUGAACUAUCUGAAAACUCAAGCUUCAGAACUACAAAUAAGAAAUUAUGUAUUAAAAUGAGUAUGAGAAAAAAAUGCACAAAAAAUAUUGGAGACUUCGAGAUUUAGGUCUUUCCAUUCUGAGAUCUUUUAAAACAGUUUAUUGGAAAUGCUUCCCAAUUUCGCUAGACUUCCCUUUCUGUACCUAGAAUACUGCAAAUUCUAAUAACUCCUGGAACUCACAGGGGCCUAUGCAAAUGAGGGUCUAAGCUUUAUUUGCUUUCCAGGAGCCUAAGCUUUAUGUCUUAGAGAUGUAAACUAGUGCAAUAAGACAAAAAUUUAAAGUUCAAAAAUUUGAAAAAAAAAAAAAAAAGGAACAAAGCCAUUACUAUUACUAGGUGAUACAAUUGUUCACAUCAAAAUCCCCAAAUAAUCAACAGACAUCUUUUUUGGAAUUAAUAUGAGAACUUAGCUAGCUUGCCGUUUUAAAACAAUGUAUAAAAUUAAUUUGCAUGUCUGUACUUUGGAAAUGAUUAGAAAGAUGAUUUAAAAGAUAUCAUUACAACACCCCCCCCCCAACUUAUCCCAACCAACUAACCAACCAACCAACCAACCAAACCAAGCACCACCUAGGAUUAUAUCUUGCAAUAGAUGAUCAAGAACUUUACAUAGAAAAGUAUAGAGUUUUAUUGAGGCCCAGAUGGGAGGAUUGCUUGAGUCCAGGAGUUCAAGACCAGCCUGGGCAACAUAAGGAGACCCUGUCCCCACACACACACACACAAAAUUGAAAGUCACUAGCAAGAAAUACGAUGUUCAUGGAUAGGAUGAUUCUGUGUCUUAAAGAUGUCAGUUUUUCUCUAUCAUUAUCAUUGCAUCAUUGUAAACCUGCUCCUCUUUCUCCAUUUAUUGUUUAUAGGGAGUUGAAUUUGUCAAAUAAAUAUCUACAGUGAUAUGUAUGAAGCAAAGGGAAGAAGUAUUCUUGCUGACUAACUAUCAGACCUCUUGCAAACAGGAUGCAGAAAUCCGCUUGCUACAUUCCCAUUGUGAGCAGUGCCACCCUGUGGGACAGAAGCCCACCCCACGCAAAGCGCAUCCCUCGUUAUGAAAGAACUACAGUGCCCUGCUCCAGAUUCAUUAAUCAUAUGAAGAAUUUCUCUGAAUCUCUUAAAUUUCGUAGUCUACAGUUUCUAAAUUCUCCUGAUAAAUUAAGACAUAAUCCCAAGAAAGACCAUAGCUUCCAGAGAAACUCUGGAAGAUGUACAGUAUUUUCAGAAAGGACCCAGAGUUCAGUGGAGCGUAAAAGACUACUUUCUACUUGCCAGUACAUAGUCCCCAGGUCUUCUGUAAGCACAGUUUCUUUUGAUGAAGAAAGCUAUGAAGAACUCUGUUCCUCUUCAGCACCAUCCAGUGAAACUGACCAGGCUCCACUGAUUUUCACUGCCAGAGGAGAAACUGAGGGGAGAGCCAGAGGAACACCCAGACAAGCUUGGAACAGUUCAUUUUUGGAAGAACCAGUAAAAAAGCCUAACUGGGCAUACUUGGUAAAUCCUGUUCACCUGGAGGCUGAGGGCAUACAAAUGCAUAGACACACAAGACCUAAGGGCCAGCACUUGAGCCAUCCCAAGAAAAAUUCUAGUUCCGCCGCCAGACCUUCCACUGCUAUCGGCCUCUGCAGAACGAGCCAGACCCCCUGCGCCCAGCAGAGCGCCGGCCCGAGUAACGCAGAGCUCAAGCCGGAGGAGAGGAUGGCAGCCCCAGCAGGCGCUCGGGCACACCCCGACUUCCAAAGCGAACUCCUGGGCGCGUCCGGAUAUCCCGUCGGAAGAGGCGCGGUUGCCAUGGCACCGGAUAUGCUCCCCAAGCAUCCUCAUCCCCCGCGGGACAGGAGGCCUCGGGAGGACACCUCCCUCCAUGGCAAUCUGGCAGGAGCGCCCCUUCCUCUGCUGGCCGGUGCUUCCACCCAUUUCCCUUCCAAGAGGUUAAUAAAGGUUUGCUCCUCAGCACCCCCCCGCCCAACCCGGCGUUUCCAUACGGUUUGUUCACAGGCCCUUUCUAGGCCGGUGGUGAAUGCUCACUUACAUUGACCGCUGCGAGGGAAUUGUUCGGCGAGUGCUGCCCAUCUUCAAAUCAAUGCCGGCUCAGAACAACAGAAAGGGCCUCAGAUGUACUGGUUUCCACAGAACCAUUGUUAGGCUUUUGUGAAGCAUUUUUGAACCUAAUAAAUAAUGUCAAAAGUCCCUAGCGCAACCAAAAAUGUUCCUUUUGAAGCAUUUCUAAUAGUAUUUUUGUUCUGCGGUGUCUCCCAGUGUUACAAAGAAUUUGUGCCUCACAAUAGGGAUGGGGUACAUCGCGUGCCACUUUGCAACGUGCCUCGUGGGAUUGUGAGGACCCCUCUUUGUUUUGCUUUCGCAGGUAAACGGUUUCACUUGCCAACUUUGCCUUUGGCUUAAGCAUGUUUUCUAAGGGCCUUUAGAAUUUCUAAAUAAAGAUUUUGGAAAACA